UUUUGCAUUAAUAUAUGUUUUUUAUAUCCAAAUAUUAAAUUUAGUUUUAUUUGCUUUUUAUUUUUGCAUUUUGGACAUGAAUUCAACACAGAAAAAAUGUACGCUCCUGCAGUAAGUUGACACCACAAUUGUAAAAACAGUUAUUGUGUAAAAUUUUGGAAAACUUUGAAUUAUUUUUUUUUUUACAUUUCUUAACAUUCUCUCCAAAAAGUGUGUGAUGUCAAUACAUAUUGCGGCAGAAGCCCUACCUCCCCAACCCACGCCAGCACUCCCACCCCAACCGCCAGCCCCACAACCACAGCCGGCUCCUCAUCAACCAAGGCAACGGAGGCGUGCUAGGCCACCAAUUUUCAGAACCCGUGUCAGACUUUUUGGGAUGCCAGAUGAUGUGGUGGUGCGUAGAUACCGGCUGCCACCACAUCUAAUCCUAGACACUCUCUCCAUAAUAGAGAGUGAUCUGGAGUCUGAAAUUCGGUAUCCUACAGCAAUACCACCAUUGACACAAUUCCUUGCAGUGUUACAUUUUUUGGCCACAGGAUCAUUCCAGCAUGUGGUUGGAGACCUGGUUGGCAUGUCGCAGGGCCAGUUCAGUAAGGUCCUGCGACGUGUCUGCCAGGCUUUCCUCAAGCGUGUUAAGCAAUUUAUUGCUAUGCCUUUGGAUGUUGGUGCCCUAGAUGUGGUGAAGCGGCAAUUUGCGGAAGGUGGUAGUCGCUUCCCACAUGUUAUUGGGGUUGUGGAUGGCACACAUGUAGCUAUUCAGCCACCAAAACAUAAUGAAGAAAUUUUUAGAAACAGGAAACUGUUUCAUUCUCUGAAUGUAAUGGUUGUUUGUGGGCCAUCCCUCCAGAUCCUUUCCCUGAACGCAAAGUUUACUGGAAGUUCCCAUGAUGCGUAUGUCAUUAGACAAUCAGGGAUAUGGCAGAGAUUAAGAUCAAGUCAACGACCAGACAUGUGGUUAUUGGGAGACCGUGGAUAUCCUUGCACCCCCUGGCUCAUGACUCCUUACCGUAAUCCCAGGCCAGGACCACAGAUGGCAUUUAACUCCGCGCUUACUGCCACUAGGCAGCUGGUGGAGCGCACAAUUGGUGUCCUGAAAGGGCGGUUUCGUGUUCUCCACCGCACUGGUGGCGACAUCAUGUAUUCGCCGGAGAUGGCAAGUAAAAUAGUGGUCCUGUGCGCAAUACUCCAUAAUAUCGCGGUAAGGAGUAGUGUAGAGCUUCCUCAGGCAGAGGAAUUGCCUGAUGAGGAGCCAGGGGUUGUGCCACGCUUCGGUGGGGGGAGUGUGACACGGAGGGGGAGCCAAGUGAGGGCAAGAAUUGUAGCAGAAUAUUUCAGCUGAAUUAUCACACGAACUGUGGUGAGUACACAGAUAUGUUUAGUAUUUGUAACUAAAGUCUGUGUCUCUGUGUGUGUUUUGUUUGCUUAAAUUUGUGUACCAAACAUUUUCGCUUCUGCUAUUGCGUUUUUACGCUCGUGCCAAAUAACACUCUGCUUUUCACAGCAUUGCAAAGAUCAAUAAAGUUAAUAGAAAUGACAACAUAGAUUUUUGACCAAUCACAUGCUAACAGACACUAUAAAUAUAUGCCCAAAUAAGGAAAACGCCAUUGCCAUGAUGCGUGCAGCACCGUUCACCAGGCGGGAGCUCCGCGUGCUGGUUGCGGUGAUGGACCGCCGCGUAGGCCGCGUUGGGCGCUUCAUCCCCAAUCGGGUGAAGCGCGAGGCCUACGCGGAGGUCCGCCGCCUGCUGCGGACGCGAGUCCGCAGCAGGCGGACAAUCAUCCAGCUCGAAAGGAGGUGGAGUGAUCUCCGUAGGCGGACUCCAGAUUUGUUGGCGGAGAUCCGCCAUCAAAUCCGUGCGCUGCAUACACGAAGUAAGUUACCUUACAUAAGUUUUUUGCACUAAAUUGUGCUAAUGUGUUAUUUUCCAAUUUUUGGCCUUCCGUAAUUUAAGUAACAAUUGUUAAAUACAAUGAGCACUGCAGGGGAAGCAUAUGUAACAUGUGCAGAGAGAGUAAGUUUUGGGUGGGGUGUGUUAAAUCAGGUGCAAAAAUUUGCAAGGCUAAAAUAAAGCUGCAUGUAUUUACCCUGGCCAUAAUUUUAAAUUUAAAAAAAAAAACACACUCUCUCGGGACAUGUUAUAUCUGCCACCCCUGCACUGCACAUGCUUUUGGCCAAUUGCCUACUCAAUACCUGCUGUAAACCCCUUGGAUUUGCAGACAUUUUACAGUAAGUGGUAGGCUAAUUGCAACCUGCAAUGCCCUUUUAUGGAAAUUAGGACACUGUGUGUGGUUAGGUAAAACAGUACUGACUGUAGCAAAGUAACACCAAACAAGUGCAUGUUUACAAAAAAUAAGAAGCAGGCAGGAAAUUAAUCCACAAUACUUGAUCAGUGCAGCCUAUAUAAUAAGGUGCCUUGAAUAGUAAUCUGGUGAUGUUGCUGAGACCAAUCACUAUGACUCAAUUGCCUAGAUUAAGGAAUGAGCUUCAAAGUUAAAUUUUAGACUCAUUUUGUUUGCUGUGGCCAACAUGAAGAGGAUCUUAACAUGUUUGCUUUUCUUUGGAACAAAACAAAUAAUUUAACAAUGAACAGAACAUUGAUAAAACAAAUUGAUUACUAUGUAAUUUAUCAUGUUUGAACAAUUUGAACAAUAUUAUCAUUCUAGGACAACAACAACGGCAAAACUCCCCACCCCCUUCCCCUUCUCACUCCCCCUCCCCUUCUCACUCCCCCUCCCCUUCUCACUCCCCCUCCCCUUCUCACUCCCCCUCCCCUUCUCACUCCCCCUCAGCUUCCCAGUCCCCCUCAGCUUCCCAGUCCCCCUCAUCUUCCCAGGCCCCAUCAGCUUCCCUGGCCCACUCCACUUUACAUUCCCCUUCUCACCACACCUCUCCAUCUCUUUCUGGGACCCCUUCUCCUCCUUCCCAUACCCCUUCUCCUUCAAAAUCAACAUCACAAUCUGAACCACCCUCACCCUCUAUUGCUUUAACUUUUUCUCCGCCCCCCUCGCCCUCUCAAUCAGACCCCCCCUCUGAAAUUGCGGACCAAAUCCAGCCUCCUUCCCCCAUCCAGCCUCCUUCCACAAUCCCUCCUCCUUCCCCAAUCCCUCCUCCUUCCCCAAUCCCUCCUCCUUCCCCCAUCCAGCCGCCUUCCCCCAUCCAGCCAACAUCCCCACCAAGUGAAUGGGCAGAGGAAGCCCCUGCCGAACGUUCCGGGAGUCUGGAUGUUGCCGUGGAAAAUGUUGCAGUUGGAGAUCCCACAAGUUUUUCAGGGAUACUUUACACCAUGCGCCAACACCUGCAAGGAAUGAUGGAUUGUGUGGACCAUUUGCAAAAAUUUGCUUGACUUGUAUUCUUUUAUUUGUAAAAAAAAAAAAAUAUUAACAAAUACAAAAAUAAAAAAGUUGAUUAAA